UUUUUUUCUUUUUUUCUUUUCUCCAAUCGUAAAUUCAGCUUUAUCUUUUGUCUCUGUUUCGCAUUGCUCUGUCCAAUCAGCCAUUCGCACCCUGCGCUCAGCUAAUUUUUUACUUCUUUUUUUUGCACAACCAACCACCACGAUCGGAUUCACCACACCCGAGACUAACCGGAAAAAAACAUAAUGUUUGCAAGAUUCAGACCUAGCAUGCUCAACACCGCUGCCGGACGCAGCGCCCAGGCACUGCGUGCGAGCGCAUGCCGCCAGUUCAGCGCAACCAGCCUAGCACGCAGCGACGCCAUAUUUAUUCACCGCGACACGCCCGAGAACAACCCCAGCAUCCCGUUUAAAUUUGACUCUAAAAACAUGGACGAGGCAAGUAAGAUUAUUGCCAAGUACCCGCCCCAGUACAAGAAGGCAGCCAUGAUCCCCCUUUUGCACCUUGCCCAAAAGCAGAACGGCUGGACCUCCAUUUCGGUCAUGAACUAUAUUGCAAAGUUUAUCGAGGUUCCUCCCAUGCGCGUUUACGAGGUCGCGACCUUUUACACCAUGUUCAACCGCAACCCUGUCGGCAAGUACUUCCUGCAAGUGUGCACAACGACGCCCUGCGAGCUGUGCGGCUCGUCAAAGAUUAUCGAGGCUGUUGAGAACCACCUUGGCAUUAAGGUCGGUCAGACCACAUCAGACAAGUUGUUUACGCUAGUCGAGGUCGAGUGUGCGGGCGCCUGCAUCAAUGCGCCGGUCAUCUCGGUCAACGACGACUACUUUGAGGAUUUGACGCCUGAGGCCACAGUAAAGCUCCUGGACGAUCUCAAGGCCGGAAACCCCGUCACCCGUGGCCCCGUCAGCGGGCGCAAGAACUGUGAGCCUCUCGGGAAGCAGACCACGCUCACCACGACUCCGCCCGGCCCUGGCUUUAUGAUCCGCGCUGAUUUGUAAUUUUUCAACAACACGAACAAAAUAACUCUAACAACGACAGUUUAUUUAAUCCAUUAAAAUGCACCAAGCUUGAAGACAGCAUUUCGGGCUGCAUGGGCGCAGUAUGAGCAACAACGGUAACCACGGUUUCGUUGACGUCAAUUUGUAUUAUUUGUAUUAAAGUUAUUGUGAUUGUGGUUGUGGUUGUGGUUGUGGUUGUG